UGCCUGGAGGGGGCAGCCGGGCGGGCUCCACCCUCUGUGGUCCACACUGGCAUAGGGCACAGUGGGGGCUUCAAGCGGCCCCUGGCGCCCUCAAGCCAGCCUCCAGCAGAGGGCCGUGGCAGGGCCAGUCAGAGCCCUGUCUCCCAGAGGGCGCCCCCCGUCCCCGACUAUGUGGCCCACCCCGAGCGCUGGACCAAGUACAGCCUGGAGGACGUGGCCGAGGCCAGUGAGCACAGCAACCAGGCCGCCGCCCUGGCCUUCCUGGGCUCCCGGGGCCUGGCCGCCCCCGGCGGCUACGUGCCCUCCUUCAACCAGGACCCCUCCAGCUGCGGGGAGGGCAGAGUCAUCUUCACCAAACCUGCCCGAGCCGGCGAGGCCAGACCCGAGAGGAAGAGGGGCCUGAGGAAGGCGGGAGGGCCUGGCGGGGCCGAGGGGCCUGUGGAGCUGGCCCACCUGGCCGGGCCCGGGAGCCCAGAGGCUGAGGAGCGGGGCAGCCCGUGGGGGGGCCUGCAGGAGGUGGGCGCGCCCGAGGGGGCCGUCCGCAGCGGGUCAGCAGCAGGCCCCUCGGUGGUGGAGACCGUCGGCUUCCACGGCAGCAGGAAACGCAGCCGAGACCACUUCCGGAGCAAGAGCAGCAGCCCGGAGGUCCCGGGUGCCGACGUCUGACCGACCGGAGAGCCUGCCCAGGACUGGAGGUGCCCCAGCCCCUUGGUGGGCUGCCUGGAGGUGGCACCAGCGGCCCUGGCUGGGGCUCAGGCGGUGGUCUUGAGCAGAGACCGUGGCUGCCACGGAGGGGCACACUGGGUACCCGUGGGGAACAGUAAAGGUGUUGAGUAUUC